UACUGGAUCUUCGACAGAGCACAGAGAGCGCGCUCUUUUUUCACGAGACUGCGAUAUUUAACACUGCGGACGGAAUACUCGAGAGUGUCUCUCAAGAUCUCAAUCCGCAUAAGUGCGAGUGCAUUACGAGAGAAGCCACACACGAAGGAUAAACGGAGAGAGAGAUAAAGUAGUUUAAUCAGACGGAAUCUCGAUCUGACGAACGGAAAGAGAAAGAGAGCGUGUGCCAAGGAAUACACACAGCGAUAAAACUCUCGCCGCCAAACUCCUCGUUGCACGUCGCUGCCGCGCUCGAUCACUGCGCGUGUGAAAAGCGCAUAGCACACCGGAGAAAGUGAAUGAGCGAAAGAGCGGAGACGAAAAAAAACGAGAAAAAAUUAAAAAAAAAUAAAAUAAAAUAAAAACAACGAAUUGGAGAACGGGGAGCUUGAACGAAAAUAGAGAAGUGAAACCGAGGCAGGAUUAUUGCGAGGAACGCGCGCAGUGAGAGAUCGCGACACAUACCCACACGCGCGACACAUCCGCGCCGGGCAAUCGUGGGUUCACGCCGGUGGCCAUUACGCGCGCAUUCGGUUAUUCCGCAUCGCGAGUGUGCUUCGUUCGUCGUUGGCCUGCACUCGUACAACUCCGAGCCAUUCAUUCAUCCAUACAUUUUCUCUCUCGUGCGUUCCAUCGAACGAUAAAAAGAGAGGAAAAAUAAUCUGCAAGAUUUCUAAGGUAGAGACGAAAAGUAUUAAGGAAUGAAAACAACGGGGCUACUGUGUCGGGCCAAACUAACAAAAUGAGGAUUAUUUCUGAACGAUGCUGAUGAGAAUAGGGUUUAAUGGACCGCGGAAAGAGGAUGAUCGAGACGAACAUUUUGAGAUGUGAAAUCCGAGCACUUCGAUAAGGAAACAAAACUCGGAAUUCCGGGGACACGAACGACCGGAAGCGAGACAGAGAGGCGGGAAAAGGGAGCGAGACUUUUCAACAGAAACCGGAAGAGCGUUCGGUGGAUCACCAAAGUCGUUUGGCAGUGAGAAACAGCGUAAUUACCGCCCUCGCGCUCGUCAUAUCGCGUCAGUUUUUUAUUAUUUUCGUCUCGCUGAUGACGUUGACGGAGCUUAAAAGAAGCGAUCGAUCGGAUGAUCGACCCUGAUAAGAUGACGAAUCGGAGUGAUUGUUGACGUCUCGCUUGUUGUAUGCGGCCACCCAAACGAGAAGGUGAAAUCGAAGUGAGAGACGAGACCGGAGGCGCUCGUGCUUGAGUUUCAUUCAACACGCAUUCGCAAACGGAGAAAAAAGUAAUCGAAAGAAAAAACCGGUGGCCGUACGUCUGGCCAACCGGACACACCGAUGCUCCACUCGCUCCUCCGAUCCACUGUCACUCUCGCUCUGGAAACUGUGCUCUGUCGGGGGUGAAAAAAAAAACGAGAAAAAUAAAGAUUCGAACGAAGCGAAAUAUUCGAAAAUUUUAGGCCGAUUUCUUUGUUCUACGGUCUUCACGUUCCUGUCACAAACGAGAAGAGACUCCGGCGGCGGCUCGGCUAGCGGCGAGGCGAGAGAGGUGAGCGUAAGAGAGUGAGAAUAAAGACUCGAGUGGUGAGCUGGGACGUUGCGGGAGGAGUAAAUAGUGAGGUGCACGUUCGAAAUCGAUCGGAGGAGUUGAAAAGUUUAUUCGACGAGCGGUGGACGGACAGGGAGGGGAAUGCUACACGAGGACAGCAUCGAGGAGGAUCAGAGUGGUGAAAAUUUCAGCAAAAUCAUCAUCGUCGAGAGACACGAGUACGAAAACGAAGCGUGUUUCUAUUUACAAUCGAAUGACAAAAAUAUGACGCGUUCUAUCGGCUUCGGUAGAACUCAAUAUCCGAGGGAUAAUUCACGUCCGCUGUGCGUUUGUAAAAUCAAGUGAUAACGAAUCUUCCGAAGAGACCAAAAGAAAUUUAAAAUUUUGACAACCCCAGAGCGUGGGAGGAGCAUUUUUUAUUCAUCGGCGUCACAAGGUAUACAAGACUGUUUUCAUCGUGGCACAUUGGAUCAUCAGCUGCCUCCGAGUACAAAAUAAUAAAAAUUGUGAGUGCACGAAGAAUCGAUAAGUAGGAAACGGUUCAGGAGUUUCGUAACACGCAUUUACUCGUCUUCGUCCCCGCGCUUUUUCCUCGUCGCGAAGUAUCAAGCUCGUCUCGUUUCGGCGAGCGAGGCGACCGGAAGAGAGCGGCGCGGGGGGGGGGGGGGGGAGACCGAGAUAUUCCAAAAAGUCAGUGUUUGUUUUUGUCGGUUAAAAAAAAAGGGUGAAAAUAUAAAAGGGCUGAGUGGGGUGAGUGCGAGAGCGAAGAGAAGGGCGCGAAUAACGGGGGAGAGAGAUUGGGAGACUGAAGAGUCGAGGAGUGCGCGGGCACAAUAGCACCUCUGGUGCCCUCGGCCGCGGGUCCCGGGGGGACGGACGCCAUGGCGGCCUCGUCGUCCUCGUCGAGUGGCGAGCAACAAUACGCCCUUAAAUGGAACGACUUCCAGUCCAGCAUACUCAGCUCGUUCAGGCAUCUACUGGACGAGGAAGACUUCGUCGACGUCACACUCGCAUGCGACAGCAGUAGCUUCACAGCGCACAAGGUCGUCCUUUCAGCCUGCAGCCCCUACUUCCGGAGAUUACUCAAGGCUAAUCCAUGCCAGCAUCCAAUUGUAAUACUCCGGGAUGUGGCUUCGUCCGACAUGGAGUCGCUUCUACGAUUCAUGUACCACGGCGAAGUCCACGUUGGGGAAGAAAAACUCGCAACCUUUCUCAAAACCGCCCAAAUGCUUCAGGUCCGAGGCCUCGCUGACGUCAACGGGGGCUCGGCAGCCUCCAAAAUUCCACCACUUUCCGCCUCCAGCGGGAACAAUGUCAGUUCACCGGUUACACCAAGAAAUCCAUGGCAGGACUCCGUAAGAGGAGACCUUAACGAGAGUGGCUUGAGUCCACCGCCACAAAAAAGACCAAGAAGUUAUUCUCCACCUAUGGGCAAUCACGUUGAACAAAAGUCCGAUCUCCAGGAAUCUCUUUUGGGCCAGGCACUCGAAGGAGGUCCAACGAUACACACGACACCUAACAAUAACGUGCAGGCACAGUCGACGGGUGAGGACUCGAAUUCGAUGUCGGAUAACGAGGAGGACACGUCGAACAACGACGGUAUGCUCAACUCCGUGAAAACAGAGCCAAGCGAUAUUCUCAAUGAUUCCAUGGAACAUCAUCGCAGCACGUUUCCAGCGGCGCUUUUGGGUCUCCAAGGAUUGAUGCCAGGUCCCUCGGGAAUCCACGCGGCGAAUCAGGAUCCAAACUACGUGGCACGUCGCGGGCUGGAGAUGCGCGUUCGUGCGACGGAUCCUCGGCCGUGUCCCCAAUGCGGAAAAAUCUACCGGUCGGCGCACACGCUGCGAACGCAUCUUGAGGACAAACACACGAUUUGUCCCGGUUACCGGUGCGUGCUUUGCGGUACAGUAGCAAAAUCACGAAAUUCGUUGCACUCCCAUAUGUCGCGUCAGCAUCGCGGUAUAAGCACGAAAGAUUUGCCGGUUUUGCCAAUGCCGAGUGCAUUCGAUCCGGAAUUGGCAUCGCGGUUACUGGCGAAAGCGGGCGUCAAGGUGAGUCCUGCGGAACUGAGAGCACGCGCGAGUCCCACGGGACCGCGGAGGAACGACAUGAGACUGGAAAUACCGCGGGGCGGUGCACCCUCCGAAGCGGGAAGCUCCAUUUGCGGCGGCGACGACCCUGAGGACCUCACUUUACCUCUUAGUCUAAGGUAUGGCUCGCCAACGCCGAACAACAAUACCGUUAUCACGAAAAUAUCACAACAGUACAACAAUUCCAGUGCUGGUGGUAAGUCAACGGCAAACGCGUUAGCAGCUAAAUCGAUGGAGUCGAUAAUGCACUCGAGCAAUCGCGACUCCAACAGCGGAGCGUUGCACCAAGCCGCCGGUUUCCCGCCGGAUCUACGCUCGUCAGCCUUGAUCGAGACUUACCUACAAUUCAUCGCUGACAAUUCGGCGAUGACGCGAGAACAGGCGGCCGUUUACGCCGCUGCUCACGCCCAUGCCAAAAUGGCCCAUGUCAACGCGAUCGACAAGUUCAGCAGUCGCGGCAUCGACGACUGCGCCAUUAUCGGACGGGACGAAGGCCGAGGAAGCGUCGUCGACGAAGAUCGUUACGAGAAACAAGAACGACACAGCUCCAACAACACGACCGUUAACAACGUCAAGGAAGACGACGACGGCGAAUUCUCCGCCGGUGAGGACGACGAUUUCAGCGAAAACGAAGAGCCCGAAGCUCUCAAGGCCGAGUGAUAAGAAUUUUUAUCCAUCGGCAUAGUGAAAGAAGAAAGAGAGAGAGAGGAAGAAAGAUAUCAACGAAGAAGUAGCCGAAGACGAUAAAUGAGAAGGAAAAUAACAAAUAAUAAUAAAUCCAUCCACUACCUCAGAUAAUAACUAUAUUUUUCAAAUAGAGAAAACACUUUUUUUUGCAUUUUUUUUCUGUUUUCUGUUCUUUUAGACAGUUUCAAAAGUAACGUACAGAUACAGAGCUCGUCAGUGACGUUUAUUGUUGUUACAGCUUUACGAGGAGGAAUGAUCUCCGAUUCUUUUCCAUGGGAUUGAUUGCCAUGGAACUUGUGAAAGAAACAAACAGCCCCAAGAUAAUCCAGUACCCUUGCAAAGAGAGCAGCCGGCAAUUGACGCUAUUCGAGUCACAGAAACCACUGAAUUUUUCGCUUUUCUCAAAAUCUUUCGUAUUCGUGUAAACUUUUCGAAAACAAAAAAUUCGAACGAUCCAAUGGAUUCUCUACUACGAAGGGCCGUAGCUGAUUUGACAGAGUCAAGGUUUUCACUUAGGUUUCAAAAUAUUAAUUUCGACGAAAGAACUUUAUCCACGACUAUGAAAAACUGCCAGCACUAAAAUAGCGCCAAUUUCCUGCUGCGACCACUGAUUUUUAAAUAUUUAAAUACAAUAUCCCAAAAAUGAAGGAAAAAAGGAAGAAAUAAUAAUAAAAUAAAACAUAUAUUCCAUCCGACUACCUCAGUGCACAUAAUAGAACGAUAGAUCAUAGGAAAUAAUGAAUAUGAGAGAUAGUUAGAGCAAAGAGAACAAACGUUGAUGAUUAUCACGAGAUACGUGAGAAAGAGAACUAAAGAAGGAAGAACGAAAGCAAGAGAAACGGAAGGCCGAAGAGUUAGGUAGGUCACGAUAAAAGAAAUCAGAGCCCAAAUAACGUAGAGAAAGAGGAAGAGAGAGAGAGAGAGAGAAAGCGAGAAAGUGCGUGUGUUUGUGAUCAUGACCGUCCUAUGAUGUAAUAACCAAGACAGGAAUGAUCAAAGUCAAACGAUUGUACGGUUUUAUUCUUUCGAAUCGAUUUCUGUCGCUCGAUUCCCGUAGCACUUAGUGACGAAAGAGCGCCCCAAACAAAAACGAGGAAAGAAAACGAGUGCAUCUGGCCAGGCCACGUGACAAUGCGACUGCUUUUGUUAUUAUUAUUUGUCAAUGAAACGAAAAUUAUAAUUUUUUUGUCAAAAUUCUCAAACACUUAACGGCGCGCUCCUUGGGCACUCGCGACGAAGAGAAUAUUAUUAUUAAUAUUAUUAAUUAUUAUUAUUAUGUUAUUAUAUAUGAAUGUUGAGGAAAAAUAUAUAUUGCCUAGAUUUGUAGUGAAGUUGGGUAUACUGCAGGCACGUACGUACGAGGAUUAAUAAACAAAAGGAAUUUAAAAACGUGUAGGAAAUGCUGGAAACGGGGAAAAACGUAUACGCGUAGAGUUAGGACUUGGUAUUGUUCGUUGAAGAGUUUCGUGAAAAUGUGACAUGUACGACGGACGCGUGAACAGAAGAUGAUCUUACGAGACAUUUUUCAAACGGUCACGAGCGAUUUUUUUUGUUGUUCCAAAGUGGAACUGGCUUGGUGGAAAAUGGAGGAAAUAUUGAAUGUGACGAAAGACACUUUUUUCGCGUUGUGGACUCGACAAGGUUGUUUUGGCAAUAUUUUAACGUUCAAAGAUCCUAUUGAAAAAUGAAAAAUCGAUGAAAGUCGUUAUGCAGUAACUUAACGCUCCCUCGGUCACCUCAGAACCCCAAUUUCCACUCGUUCAUUAUUUUAGCCUGUCCUCGUCCUCUUUUUUGUCCCCCGGCCCCCGCGGGGCUUAUCGAUUUUUUACUGACUCACCGCUUGCUGACUAAUCACUUUUUCUUCUCACUUCUUUAUUCGAUUUUUUCUUCUCUUGUUUGUUUUUAUAUAAAAAAUGGAUUUUCUUCAUGUGCCAGUCUCAGAAUAUACAACAAUGAAAAAUAAAUACGAAAUUCUCUCGAGGAGGAGGAUCGUACCGUAUUUUUGUUUUCACACGGUUACGGACGUGAAUAUUCUUGCCAUAUUAAUGUGAAAGAAAAAGGGAGAGAGAGAGAGAGAGAGAGAGAAAAAAAAAUCGCGUUUUGUUUUUUCACACGCGAAAAUAACCUACUCCGAAGUUGCCGAAAGAGGAAAAAGAAUCGAGGAAAACGUCGAGCGUUGAAUUCCCCGACUGCGUGUUCUCGACAGUACCAAUUAUUCGAACUGCGGAACGUUUUUUUCGCUUCUUUUUCUAAACGACAUCGUCGUUGUUGUGAAAUGGUUCCUACUAAUAAUAUGCGAGCGAAAAUUCAAUAACGUUUAACUCGUAGACUUAAAGAGACAGAGCGAACAAAAAUAAAGAGGAAAAUAAACGUUUGCAUUUGCAACGAUCGAAUUCGGAAACGAAAUUCGUAACGAAGGAAAUUAAUAGAAGAAAUAUCGACAAGGAGUAACUUUGUUGUUGUUCUGGCUAACGAAUUAUGGUGACGCGAGAUAAAAGCGAAGCAAGAAUAAUAGACGGCUCGUAGAGUGGAAAGAUAAAACGUAGCUUAGAUUAUAUAUUGUAGGAUACAUUAUUGUACACAAUACUCUGAAGUAUACUAACACGUUAGGUUUAAGCAAAACUUUGGUAUCAAUACUGGACGAGAGUAUGUCGCGCAGCGAAUUUUUAUUUUUUUGUCUCGUUACCUUGCACCCUUGUAAAUUUUUUCAUUUCUUCAAAUAUCAAGCCUUUUUUUUCAUUUCAUUCGAAUCCGUGAACGAAUAAUUUUACACCGUCAAAUCACGUUUGUGAGCUUUUCUUUCAUUCGCUUGCCUCACGAAUAAUCCUCGUGACUGUGGAUGUGUUUACUUUCUCAUUUUCUUUCCGGAGCGUUGAAAAAUGUUGAAUUGUUGACGGAUUUGGAAAAAAUGUUCACAACGCUCGAUCGUUUUUUUUUUCUUCUUUUGCUUUGGUAUUUUCGUGCGCUUUACGAGAUUUAAGAUGGAGAAUAUAAAAUUAUGUACGUACAACAGUAUACGAGUAUCCCACGGUCGAAAAUAUAAUCACAUGCAUAUUUAUACAAAUGUGUGUGGCGAGUGCGUAUACGAUUAAAAUUGAUAAUUGAUAGAAUCAGUGAAUUGCGUCCACAGCACGAGAGGGCGGUAAAAGAGUAGAAAAAAUGAGUAUAAAAGAAACCGAGAUUACACGGGAAGAAUAAUAACGAUUGAGGAUGAAAGAAAGAAGAAAAAAAGAAUUUGAAGAAGAGAGGAAAGCAGCGAUGGCGAUCGAUCGAGGCAUAUUCGAAACAUUAAAAUCCAGGUCUAUUAUCGGUACAAACAAAAUACAAAACCACUUCUUGCCUUGAAGCUCUCUAAUAACCAUAUAAUAAAUAUCGAAACGAGACAAAACUAACGGGAGAAUAAAAGAAGAAAAAAAUAAGAGGUCGAAUAAAUAGGAGUAGAACAGAGGGAGUACGAACGUUUUUAAACAAAUAAUCCAGGGAUAAAAUGACUUAAGUAAUUAAAAAAUGAAGAAUAAAAUUAAACAUAGUCGAAGUAAAAGAACAUCUUUCAGAGUACAAAUUUUCCAUUCGGAUUAUUAGAAAGAUGCGAGGGCCCUGCGGGAGGGGAGAGCGAAGAAGCUCGUGGCUCUUGCAUCGUCGAAAUUAAAUAGUGGCGAAAUUGUAGAAAAAGGAUAAGCACGAGAACGAUAGCGAGAGUGAGAGUGAAUGAAAGUGAAAAUGAGUCGGAUCAAUUACUUAAAAAAAAAUUAACACGAAAAAAAUAUGAUCGUUUGUGCCAUAGUGUUCUCUAAUUGUUGACUCAAUGAUCAGACUGUCUUUUCUGUUAUGUUUUAUCAACGGUUAAAGAGGAGAAGAAAACCUAUGAAAAAUGCGAAUUCAAUUGAAGAAUUUCAAACAUAAAACUAUCGCCGAGUUUUAUUUUUUAAUUUCAUUUUUUUUAUUAUUAUUAUUUUUCGUUUGUUUUUCAUCUUAAUCCGUGUAUGGCUGCAUCAAUCGGAACAGUACACAUAUGUAUCACCGUUCAACCAACGACGUGGGGCAGGUAUGACGAGAGAUCGAGCGAAAAAUAAGCAAAAUAAAUCUAUGAGAAACAAUGAAUUUUGUCUAGUUCGAAAAAAUAAGGGCCGGACGAGUUUUAACCCGCGCACUUAAACCCAAAAAACCAGAGAUUCGAGUCAAGAUGUCCCUCCUCAUGCGAUUAUAGUUUUAUACUAUACAGUAUUUAUAUAGCUAUAUGUAUACACACAGAGUCCAAUAAGUCCAUAUAUAAAUAUGUAUAUUCCUAUAUAACGAUUAUAUAUAUAUACACAGACAGAUAUAAAGCAUGUAUCACAUGUAUAUAUAUACAUACAUACAUAUGUAUAUUUUUUACAUAAGAAAUAUGUGACAAGUCGAAGAAACUCGUCCGCCCUUAAAACUGACGUUACAAUAUGAAUCUCCGUCGUACCUGCUCGACUCUCGAAAGAGAUAAAUAACUCUGUAAUAGUCCGCAAUAGUCAAACUUCAAUUUUUAAUAUACAAGAAUACAACCAACUACAGUAUUGCAAUAGUUCUAACGUUAAAAAUCGUGCGAGCUCGCCACAUUUUUCGGCGUUUCGUAUCGAAAGAACGAACGUCGAGGUGGUUGCUGACUCAGGUACUUAUUUACAAAAAUGAAAAUGGAUUAAAGAAGGAGAAGAGAAGAGGGAGAGAGAGAGAGAGAGAGAGAGAGAGAGAGAAAUGAAAAUAGGCACGAUCCUUAAAUACACUAAUAUUGAUAAAUGUAAUAACAAACUCAGGAAAACUGGAAGCAGGCAGGCCGUGAUAUAUAUACAAUUUAAAUAACUGAUAGCAACUACUCUUACCUACUACGACUUUAUUUUUUUUCUUGUUUAUUUAAUUAUUAUUCACCUUCGUUUUGUGUUUUUAAUUUUCUUUUCUUUUUUUUUUCGUUUGAUUUUUAUUUCUUCGAUAAUCGACGACUUUAUCUCGUCUGUUCGAUUGAUUAGCAUGCUUUUUUUGCUCUUCAAUGAAUGAAAAUAAAAUGUUUGCCGUUCAGUGCGUGAGAAUGAGAUGCUGGGAAUAAAUGCUCGAGAACAUGGAAACUCAGGUUUCAAGUCGCGACUUUCGAACAACUGAGAGAUUAUUUUUUAAUGAUACCAUACACACGUUUAUGAAAUGAUGAAACAAUUGAUGCGUUUAACCGAGAAAAAAAGUUACGAAGGAUGAAUUACCAUAGCUACCUCCAUUAUAUAAAUACUACGGAUAUAUCAGUCUCUUUGCGUAAUACUUAAAAAUAAUAAUCGUGUUAUGAUGAUAAUGAUACUAAUGUUAAUUCAAACGAGAUCACAAACGAACUGUUGUACGAGCGUCCAAAUGGAAACAAGUGAAAUGCUAAUGGCCCAACGGAUUUUAGAUGAACAAAUCGUAACGACGAAAAAAACUGAGAUUUGUUAUUUUGUGUAUAAAAACUCGAAGAAAUUCGUUCGUUCGAAUCGCACGCAUAAUAAUGUACACUGAACAUAACAUAUUCACAUACGAUUUUACCGUUUAACCGCGAGAUUUACUCUUCCACUGACUUAGCUUUUAAGAUUCGGAUCCCGCGUACUGUCACAGCUGACCGCGAGAGAGAGAGAGAAAGUACGCUCGAUCGAAAGAACAGGUCGAGGACGAAUGUUAAGAUUUUUCAAACCAAUCUCACUGCCAACGAGCCCAGUCAUUUUUGUAAACAGGAAGCAUUGAAAAAAAAAACAAAUGAAUUUAUUUGACAGUAGCAAAUCCCAAAUUGUCAAUGCAACACUAAUGACUUACACGGAGAGAGAAAGAAAGAGGGCGAGAGAGUCAGGCUCGUACACGAAAAAUAGGAAAACUCGAGAGCUGAAGAUGAAUUCAUGAGUUUCCAAAUUUUCGUUAUUUUUUGUUGUCUUUUUUUUUUUUUUUUUUUUUUUAAUCGUUGCUGUUUUGACGCAGUUUACAUGACAGAGUGAUUGAACCGAGCCGAGUUUACGUGAAUAAAUGUGUGAGAGUGUACGCGAAUCGAAGAAGAAAAAUGAGCAAAAAUUUUAAUAAAACAACAACAAAAAAGAAAGAAAACAAACGAUUAAACGUAAUGGAGAAUGACGAGUGAGGUUUCAAAUGAUCCUCGAAUAAAUAUGAACAAAAUUUCAAUUCUUGGGCGCAUCUCACGGAUCCGUAUGCAUUGGAUAAAUCCUCCUAUUCGUGUACAUAGUGUAUACUGCAUUAAGAAAAUAAUAAUCCCAAAAAAGCGAAGAAGAAAAAUACAGAGCCUCCCAGAAACAACCCCCCUCCCCAACUUACGUGAUAUUUACAGAGAACAUAAUCAGGGACGCGUCAUAACCAAUAGUUAUAUAUAUAAAUAUAUAAAUAACAUUAUACAUAUUAGAUAAUUGACUAGUAAUAGCGAUUAGAAUAAUGAAAGGAAAAUAGAGAUGAUAACAAGCAUUGAAAUCGUUAGCUCGUAAUUUAUUGUCAACGUGCUUUCAAUUGUCUUUUUUUUCUGUUCAUGUUUGUUUUAUUUUUUUUUUUUUUUUUUUAUAUAUUUCGAUAAAAUUGACAUCUCAUGUUCGAAUUGAAAUGCAUACACAACAUUUUUAAAACCUUAAAUUAUUAUUAUUAUUAUUAUUUUUAAACCCUCACACGCGAUGUAUUACGGCGAUGUAACUUAACGUGCAAUUUCUACGUGUAACACGAUUUCGUGUUGGCCACGAGAGAAUAUAACAAAAAAUAGUAUAAAAUAAAUAAUAAAAUUAUUAGGCUCCAGUUGAUAGUCGCGAAGAAUCAAAUUUUUUAAAUUAAAAUUCGUUCGACUCGGCCUCGGCCACCUUUUUUCACGGUCAACUACUUAACUUAAGGUGCUUCAGAAUAAUUGUUACGUUACGUUUAAUUUACACGUAAUUUCGUACAUUUUAACCUUUAUUAUUAUUUACUUACUGAUUAUUAUUAUUAAUAUUAAUAAUAAUGUUAUUAUUAUUACUAUAUUAACAAGAGUACGAUUUUACUAUUGCGAUUUAAUAUCAUUCUGUAUUUGUUCGAUUUCAGGACUCGAAACAAUGAAGAAUGAAGGGAAAAGUGGCAGCAAUGACACUUUUUCGUCCAUUAAUUGCGCCCUGAAAUCUUUUCUUCGUAUUCAAAAUUCUGUUCUUGUGUUUUUUUUUUUUUUAUUAUUUUUCUCUUGUAAAUAUUCAUACCCAGUCUAUUUAUCAUAAUUUUGUGAUUUCUUUCCAUCUCUCUCAGCUCCAUUUAUUCUAUCGAAUCUUCAUGAUUUUUCCUUUCAUUUUUUUCGUAAUGUUUUUGCCUCGCACGUACUACUCGUUACUACUUACGUUCUUUUUCGUUCUGUCAUUAUUUUCGUUUUGUUUUUUAUUUCUUAAAUAUGUAAGCCAUUAAACUUGCCAAUACGAAUAUAUACAAUAAAUGCGUUAGAAAAUUGAUCGUUUUGUUUUUCACUGUUUUUUUAUCUCGUUUGAUUUCACCCGAAUCCACUCUCUUCAAUUUGUUUUUCUUCACAUUCGUUUGUUUUCAUAAACGGUAAGUUUUCAAGAUUUCUUUCGUAUUUUUUGUUCGUUUUUUUCUCUUCUUUACUCGUUAUGCUUUCGCAAAUGUCAUACAAUUUUAUAACGAAGUGUCGUCGCUUGUGGCGAAUCGUACCACUAGUGAUUAUCCGAUACGAGGAAAAGUAUUCUCCAAACAAAUGAGAUGAAAAAACCAAUAGCACACUUAUGAGGUAUACGAACUCGUAGCUUAAUUAGACAAAUAUUCCUAGGGAUUAUUCAUUUGUUGAUAGUUCAUUGAUACCCUCGAGAUGGAGUGUGACUCGAUUGAUUAGAAAAUAAAAAUGGAUGAUGUUAGCCGAUUGUUUGUAGAGGUGAAACGAGGGCAAAACUCGACGAAACAGUGAUGCGUUAGAUUCGGAUGAAUUACGUUUUACUAAUCGCGACCAACGUAGGAUCGAAUUUUUUCACAUUUCACGAUCAAUACGAAUUGACAAUUUUCACUCCAUCGUUUACCCCAAUUUAGACGUCGAUUUUUUGAAAAUCAACGAAAAACAGGGGACUCGGUUCGCAACGAAAAACGCCGCACAUUGUUCAUACGUGGGACCUGCGAUUCUACGUCAAAUAACUAGUGUCAUUGUUAUGAAGAAUUCGUUCAGAUUUCAGGAUACUUAAAGAUCGCUGAAAGAGGAAUUUGGAGGCUACCGAAGUUUCGAGUUUGGGAACGCAUUAAAUUUCAUCCCAAGCGCGGAUCGUUGAGCAAAAACUCCAAAAAACCGUUGCAUCAAGAAAACAAAAAGAAAGAAAUUCAAGAGUUUUAGCGAACGAUAAAAUAAACGUAACGCUGCGUCACGAGGUGCAUCGAGACAAAGUUGUGUGACUCCGUCGAAAUGAGCCUAGAGAAUAGGCCUGCGGGGGGUCAGAGAGCUCGGGAGGUUUCGAGCGGGGUAGUUUGGCGAUUGCGCGCGUCGUUUCCAUCGAUUCGAGCAGGACCACGCCAAAGCUCCUCGAAAUUUUUACGUUCCCCAACUUUCCAUGUGCGCGUCUGUUUAAACGGUCAAUUCAUCCGUCCGAAUCCGCAGAUUCGAUAAAUCAUCCGCCAACUACGAAUAUCCGCGGCACCGUUUCAUUAACCAUAUAAGAUUGAUGUAAUUAUAUAAAUACGAUUGAGAAAAACGAACAGCUUGAAAGGAUCGUUCGCGAUCUCUGGGAGCUGUUGUGUUGCGGGGCUCGGUGCCUUUUUGCGGCCUGUUUGUACGCGAAUCUGCACCGCAUGAAGUUUCCUCUCGUAAGCAUGCACGCUUCGAAUACGUGCUGCUCCGAUCGCGCAUAUAUCUCCAUCCCCAUUCACCAUAUUCAAUUGGAGAACGAGAGUUAACUUUGUAUAAAUAUAUAUUGGUACAGCAGGCGAUCACAGUUCCUAUUUUGCUCCCCACAUUAAAGCUAGUACUUUAAGCCAUCACAUUAUGAUAAUAUUAAACUGAACAAAUAUAUCCUCGUAAUUCGUACGAAAAUUUCAAACGAAAAGGUAUAAAAAUAUAUUUGAAUAUGUAUACGCGAAAUAUGAUGAUCUGACGAAGUAUAUACGACAUCAAAAAUCGAUAAGAGACUAGAUCCAUAUUAUAUAUAAAUAUAUAGAUAUAUAAUGAUUAUUAUUAUUAUUAUUAUCACUGAAUGAAUAUUAUAUAAAUAUAAACGGUAUAGAAUUAGGAAAAAUCGAAAAUGCAUAAAUCGACUUGUAUAAUCGGACAUAUAUCGUUAGGAUACAUGAAAUCUAAGCUAAGAAAAGCCACGCCACAGUGGUUCGUUUUGUUUUUAUAUGAAUUUUCGAGAGGAUAAGUGCGUGUGUGAGUUAAAUUUUUCGUGAAUCUAAUCGAUCUCGAUGCCAUGCAAUUAAGUUGUUUUUUUAUCCUUCCAUGUUUUUUCUGCAUCGAUUUUUCUCGUCGGAGAACUCGCGCGUCUCGCGCUUGAGAUACUCUCGUUGCGUUUACACUCUUAUCGUUGAUCGACGUGGUUUCAUUAUAGUUCGCCAUUUUUGUAGACUGUCCUUUGUAUAUAUACGUACGAUUAUCGUAGUGUAGAGAAAUAAUAUAAUAAACAAAAAAAACGUU